AUGGGACACAUGGGAAUUACAUUAAUGGAAGAUCAGCCAAAUGAAGUAUUUUUAGAAUACUUUCAAUAUUUAUCAGUCAUCGAUCUCCAUCUUGGAUUCUACAAUUUAAAUUCGCGAAUCGAUUCCAUCUUAUAUAGUUUUCGUAUAACGGUUGAUUUAAGAUCAACAACAGAAGCAUAUUAUAAUUUGAUAACUCAAACAAUCUUUCCAUUAUUUUAUCAACAAAUUUUACAUCUCUAUCUCCGUUCACAAGAUAUUGAAAUUGAACAAUUUCAAAAUUUGCGUUUGUUAGAGAUCUGUCAUCCAUCCAAUGCACAAACAAAUGUUAUAAGACCUGAAAUAUUUCCAUAUUUACACACAUUAGUUAUUCAUCAUUUAUCAUCAAAAAAAAUUGAUAAAAUUUGCCAGCUAGUUUUAGAAAAUGGAUUUUGUCAAUUAAGAAAUUGUCGGUUGCCAUAUAUUGAAUAUGCAAAACUACCAAUUCAUUGUCAGUUACACGAAUUAAUGUUAAAUCGAUGCACAAAAACAAUGCUUUCCGUUCUUUUGACAAAUCUGUCAAAAUUAAAGAGUUUAAAUGUCGAAAUCCACCCUGACGACUCUAAAUCAGCAUUUCUAAUUGAAAAAAAUGUAACAGGGCUAACCGGUUUAGCUCUAAAUUCAAACCAGUGCAUGUCAUUCGAUGAAUUAGAACACCUGCUAGCACAUACACUGAAUUUAAAAUCUCUUGCAUUUUCAACAAAAAAUCAACAAGAAUAUUUAGAUUUCGGCAGAUGGAAAUUUAUCUUAUCAAACUUUACACCACAUCUGUUAAAGUUUCAUUAUGAUUUAUUAAUUAAUCGAUAUCCAUGUAAAAUAUCAGAAACGACUGAUAUCGAUCGAAUACAAAAUAUGCACUGGUUAUUUCAAAAUGUUACUUAUACAGAACAUCGCAGUUAUGAGUCUUAUUCGUGGGCAUAUGAUUUUCAUCUUUAUACAGCAAAGAAAAACAUAAAUUGGACCAUUAAUUAA